CCGGGGCCCCGCUCCGCAGCACAGCGCAUGGAGCCCAGCGGGGACCACCGGAGCCGGAGCGGCAGCGGCAGGGGCGGCCCCGGGCCAGCAGCGGCCUCGGCACGGGGCCGACGGCUGCCGCCCGCUGGAUCGAGCGGCGGCGCGGAGCCGGAGGACGACGACGGCGGGCAAGAUCUUCAGCUGGAAGGGGAUGCCUUGGGGUCCUGGGGCACUGCCCCCCUGUCGUCCUCCAGGGCCAGAGGACCAGCAUCUUCAGGCAGGAAAUACUCAGACCACUGUGAGGCCCGGGCCUCGAGGCCUGGAAAGAGCCGCAUCCCUGGCCGGGACCACCGGCGUUACUACCACGACCACUGGCGGCUGGAGUACCUAAUGGACUUCAACCCGGCCCGGCAUGGCAUGGUGUGCAUGGUGUGCGGCAGCUCCCUGGCCACUCUCAAGCUCAGCACCAUCAAGCGGCAUAUCCGCCAAAAGCACCCCUACUCCCUGCAUUGGAGUCCACGGGAGAAGGAAGUCAUCAGCAACAGCUGGGAUGCCCACCUGGGGCUGGGGGCCUGUGGAGAGGCAGAGGGCCUGGGGGCCCAGGGGGCUGAGGAGGAGGAGGAGGAAGACGAAGAGGAAGAGGAGGAGGGGGCUAGCCUCCAAGCCUGCCCGCCUAAAGGCCCAGGCAAAGCCCCAGCUGGUGGGGGCAGUCGGCGCCAGCCGCGAGGGGGCCCAGUGGCACCCCGGGCUCGUCGUAAAAGCUUCUCCUCCUCCCGGAGGGCCGGGGGCAGCAGGGGGCUGGGGGCCCGGCGCCUGGAGCGGAGGCUGAAGGAAUCCUUGCAGAACUGGUUCCGGGCAGAGUGUCUCAUGGACUAUGACCCUCGGGGGAACCGGCUGGUGUGCAUGGCCUGUGGCCGGGCACUGCCCAGCCUGCACCUGGACGACAUCCGUGCCCACGUGCUGGAGGUGCACCCCAGCUCCCUGGGGCUCAGCGGCCCCCAGCGCAGCGCCCUGCUACAGGCCUGGGGUGGCCAGCCCGAGGCACAGUCUGAGCUCACCCAGUCCCCACCAGACGACGACCUCGUCCCCCAGGACCUGACCAGAAAAAGCCGGGACUCGGCCUCCGCUGCUGGAGCCCCUUCCUCUCAGGAUCUCAGCCCCCCAGACGUAAAAAAGGAAGAGGCUGGCUGGGUCCCUGAGAGGCCCGGGCCCGCAGAGGAGGAGUUGGAGGAGGGCGAGAGGGUGGGGGACCCGGGCCCGGCGCCGCGUGGCCGCGACCACCGCCGCCACUACCAGGAGCGCUGGCGGCUGGAGUACCUCAUGGAGCUGGACGGCGGCCGGCGCGGCCUGGUGUGCAUGGUGUGCGGGGGCGCGCUGGCCUCGCUCAAGAUGAGCACCAUCAAGCGGCACAUCCGCCAGCGCCACCCGGGCUCCACGCACCUCAGCGGGCCGGUCAAGGCCCUCAUCGCCCAGGAGUGGAGCGAGAAGGCCGCCCACCUGCUGGCCCUGGGGCUGCCCUGCCCCGAGUCCCCCAGGGACCCCACCGCCCCCAGCACAGCCUCAGCCUCCGAGGAGGGGGGAGGGGAAGAGGAGGAGGAGCCAGAGGAGUGGUGGGGUGAGCCGGUGGAAUCCGGAGCAGGCGAGGUCCCGCUUUCCCCUGGGGAACGGUCUGAGCGGCCGGCCGAGGAAGAGGAAGACGACGAGGACGGCCAAGAGCCCAGGGGGCUCGCAUUCCCGCCACUGCCCCCGCCUCCGCCGCCCCCGCCGCCGCCGCCCCGCAGCCGUGAGCAGCGGCGGAACUACCAGCCGCGCUGGCGGGGCGAAUACCUGAUGGACUACGACGGCAGCCGGCGCGGCCUGGUGUGCAUGGUGUGCGGGGGCGCGCUGGCCACGCUCAAGGUCAGCACCAUCAAGCGGCACAUCCUCCAGGUGCACCCCUUCUCCAUGGACUUCACGCCGGAGGAGCGCCAGACCAUCCUGGAGGCCUAUGAAGAGGCGGCGCUGCGCUGCUACGGCCACGAGGGCUUCGGGCCGCCCGCCCCGGCGGCGCGCGACGGCGGCGCGGACCUCAAGGCAGGCGCCGUGUGCCGGGCGUAGGGGACGCGCGGGGCGGCCCCGCCCUGUGC